AUGAGCAAAGCAACCCUUGAAAUUUUACUUGUGAAUGCCAGUGGCAUCAGACGCACAAAUCUCAUCGGGAAAGCAUACUACUAUGUCAUCAUCGAAUGUGGGGAUCAACAACGCAUCACCAAACUGUCAUCUUCAGGCAAAGAUCACAAGACAUGCUGGAACCAGAAGUUCAGGUUCGAAGCGCCCCUAAUCGAUUGGAAGCGGAGAACCCAUCUCAAGCUCACCAUCUUGGACACGGAGCUGUUCAAAGAUGGAGAAUUUGUUGGUGAAACCAUAAUCUACCUUGGAGGGAUAGUGGCAGAGGGGAAAGACAGAGAGGUUGUGGAGAUGAAACCAGCUCCAUACAAUGUUGUCCUCCAUGAUGGUACUUUCAAAGGACAGAUCAAGCUUGGGAUCAAAUUCAUGACUGUCACUCAUGAGAUGUUGAAAAAUGCGCAGGAAGAGGAAGAGGAGGAGGCGGCUAGGGAGAUCGUUGCCGCGCAGCUGCCCAGUAGCACUGCUACUGCUGCACAGAAGGCAGCAAGGCGAUCUUCGUCUUCAUCAGCAGCAGUAUGGGAAGCCAUAAGCAGUGUGUGGAAAUCUUCGUGGUGGAAGUUUUGGAGUUAUUGCAGUCCUAAAAGUGGCAAGAGCAAGCCAAAGUCAAAUUAA